UGUAAACAACCCAAGCCAAAUGCCGGAACCAGCAAUUCUCAGCAAAUCGUCAUCGGCUAUUACGAAGGCUGGAACCUGAAGAAGAAAUGUGGAACUAUGAAACCAGAGGAGAUACCGGUACAUUCGCUCACACAUUUGAUCUUCUCUUUUGGCUUCAUCGCACCAGGAACGUUCAAGAUCGAGCCCAUGAGCGAUUUCGAGCCCUCGAUGUUUGGAAGAGUCACUGAUCUUAAAGAAAAGAAGCCCUCUCUCAAAGUUCUUAUCGCAUUAGGAGGUUGGACACACAAUGAUCCAGGAAAGUAUCAGAAAGUCUUCUCUGACAUGGCCUCAACCGCUGCAAACAGGAAAUUAUUUAUCGCUAACCUGAUGGGCUUCAUGGCAGAGUACGGGUUUGACGGUGUCGAUCUCGAUUGGGAGUAUCCCGGUGCAGAAGAUCGAGGCGGUAUACCCGAAGACGGCGCAAACCUCACUCAGUUAAUGAAGGAGAUGAAAGAAGCAAUGGGCAAGCGCUACAUAUUAACCUUCACUGCUCCAACUUCUUACUGGUACCUGCGCCAUUUCGACAUCAAGAAGAGCGUUGAGGUGGCUGAUUGGGUGAACCUCAUGUCCUACGACCUCCAUGGCGUCUGGGAUCGAGACAAUCCCAUUGGUAACAAGAUUCUCGGUCAUACCAAUCUGACAGAGAUCGAUCUUGCACUUGACCUCUUCUGGAGAAACGAUGUCUCCCCAAGCAAGAUUGUCCUUGGAACCGGUUUUUACGGAAGAAGUUUCCGUCUCGAGAGCGGAUCGUGUUGGGAACCAGGUUGCGCUUUUAGCGGACCUGGUGAGAAAGGCGAGUGCACCGACACAGAAGGCUUUCUCUCAUACAAGGAAGUCAAAGAUAUCCUCGCCGCGACUAAAGCGAAGCCCAAGCUAGACAAGGCGGCAGGUAUACAGUACUUGACCUAUGGCCAAAACAGCUGGAUAUCCUACGACGACCCAAAAACCAUUGAGAUGAAGAUCGAUUUCGCCAAUAAGAGAGGCCUCAAGGGACUCAUGACAUGGGCCAUUGAUAUCGACGAUGAAAAGGGUGAUCUGAUUCGAGCCCUGACUGGA